AUGGGAGAUGGCACCGAUGGCACCGAUGGCACCUGCCGGGCCCAGUUCUGCAAGGCUCGUUGCUACCGCGAUGCCUGGCCCAAGGGUCGCCAGGUGGGCGCCCAGGCCCAGGCAGCCCAGGCAGCUGGUGAGGUCUCCAAGUUGGCAGAGGUCCAGGAGAUCUUAGAGGGGAGGAUUUUUGUGUCCAUCGUGGCCUACUGCGACAGCGAGCUUUGCUCGACGCUUCAGGCGCUGCUGGCGCGGUGCGAGGCGCCGUGGCGGCUGAGCGUCGGCCUGGUCUGGCAGGGACCCACGGAGGAGCUGCAGCUGCCGGAGCUGCAGCAGUGGUGGCCAUGGCCAGAGAGGAGGACGGAGAGGCCAAUCGUGCUGCCCAAUGGGACCACUUUGAAAUCCUCCAUUCGCCAUGGAGGUCACUUGCGCAUCAUCAGCAUGCCGGCCGAAGACGCCCGAGGUCCCUGUUGGGCCAGAUAUUUGGCUCAGCUCCUCUGGGAAAACGAAGAACUGUAUUUACAACUGGACAGCCACAUGCGCUUCGUAGCUUCUUGGGACCUCAAAGCACGGCAGCAGCUGCGAAGCUGCAGGGAAAGGUCCGAGAAACCCAUCUUGUGUAGCUAUGGAAGGGCGUAUCAACAUGGAACCCCCUACAACCUUGCGCCCAGCAACAUCACGGGCUGCUUGAACUGCGCGGCCUUUUUUGAUCAGAACGACAUCUUGAACAUCCGCUACCGCGCGCUGCGAAGGGACUGGGAGGAGCCAAGGGAAAGCUUCUACUGGAGCGCCCACUUCUCUUUCAGUUCCUCGCGGGUGUUGAGGGAAGUGCCCUACGAUCCGCGGCUGCUGAUGCUCUUCUUUGGGGAGGAGAUCUUGAUGACGGUACGCUUCUUCACGCACGGCUGGGAUCUCUUCAGCCCCUCGGAGGGCCUGGUUUUUCACCUCUGGCAGCGAGACUACCGCAGGGUCUAUGCUGAAGAUAUGAAGGAGCUCUACCAAGAUCUCUGUCGCGGCUCCCGGCGACGACUCCAUGGGAUGUUGGGAUCUGGACCAGGCGCCUUUUUCCACGAGACCUGCGAGCCCUGGCCGCUCCCUGGUGGCCUCUGUGUGGAGAGCGGCGCCGAGCGGGAUCCCUUCGGACUGGGCUGCCAGCGAUCGCUACAGGACUAUGAGAAGCGUGCAGGCGUCAACUUCGCGGAGCGCAAACUCAGUGACUUUGCCCUGCGCGGUGGAGCGCCGGCCGAGGACUGCUUCCUCACCCAAGAGACCGGAAAUCAAGCCGCUGUGGAACUGCAAUGCCAAAGUGACAUGCAAAAGAUGCAGCGGGAACGCGUGGCGGCGGUGGUGGCUUCCAGUUCGGUGGGUUCCCAGGUGGACCUGGUGGUGGAGGCCGGCCCAAUCGAGGUAGCAAGCUCCUCUUCCAAGACGUGUUCCGAACCUCAGCCAUACCAGACUGACACGAGGAGUUUGUUCAAAGGGGGGGCCUGUUCUCCAGCACGGCGGACGUUGCACUCUGUGGAGCUGGGAGGACCUACUUCUCUGAGUGGAUCCUUCUGUCAGUCUCUGCAGUGUGUGGCUGACGUCAUGGCUGGAGAACGUUUGGCCCCAUGGCGAAAAACAGGUCGCAGGGCUGACCCGCGACACUUCGAAGGCUUAGAAACUGGGGCCUUCCUGGAGUUCUCUGGCUACGAUGACCGUCAUCGCCAGCAAGGACGGAUCUUAGGCUAUUUGUCCGGAGUGGGCCUCGAGACCAACAUCACCGGAGGUCGAGUCUUUGAAGGGCAGGUGUUGGCAAUUGAAGAUGAAUACUAUGAAUACUGGUUUGAAAAUCUGUAUGGGCGGCUUGCAGAUUCGCCCGUGGUCUUCUUUCACUUUUGUGAUGUGCCAGUCGGGAUUUGUGGGAGCCUGACUGAAUUCCGCAAUCCGAUUCAUAUAGAUGUGUUCCGCCUGGUCAGUCCUACACAGGCGGGAAAAUUGGCAUGGCUGACUGAUGCCAAGAAGGAUUUUGUCAAAAUGCACCCGGCUAUUGUUGGGGGGGCGGAUGUUCCUGGGGGUGGGGUUACUUCCACACCUGGGGCAAACCAACCUCUUGACAAUCAGCCCAGACAGGUGCGAACGGGCGCUGAGGGAGUUGAAGGAUUGGCCCGCGCUCUUGGUGGAGCGCCCGGAGGAAACAAGCGCCCUGCCAGUGAGGAAUCUGAACCUCCUCCUAAGGAGGGCCGAAAGAAGAAGAAGGAGAGGCAUCGAGGACGCUCUCGAAAAAGAUCUGACAGUGACCCGGAAAAGCCCGACAAGAAGAAGAAGCCCCAUCGACAUGGCAAGGACCAGGAUGAGAGUGAAGGAGGUCCACUGCGAGAGGAGCUCAACAAGAAGACGCCCCCAGUUCCUCGUUUAUCAGCUUUGGAGUUGGAAGGAGGACACAAGAAGAAGAAGAAGAAACGAAAAAGCCGUGGCUCCACCAGUGAGGGCCGAGAUCGUUGUAGCCCCUCGUCUUCAUCGAGCACUGGGGAGCUUUUUCAUUCUGCCGCCCUCCCGCGGGGCAUGGAACGCCUCAGGCGCAUGCAUCAGAAGAACCCGGGCCGCCUGGCCUCUUUGAGCCUGCUGAGAAUGCAGGAACUCGUGCAUCGCGCCCAAGGGAGGGGAACGGCAGUGGAGAUGACAGACCAAUUACCAGCGGUGGCCAUGGGUUAUGUAGCAGGAGUGUUUCUGGUGCAGAACCCUCCAAGCCAGGUGGGGAUUCGCAACUUGCGGGAGCUCAAGACGGUUGCGACCGUCAUAGACAUGCUGUGUCAGAACGACCCUCUUCGGGCCUUGGACGUGAUGGUCCAAAGAUUCAAAGCGCUGGAGCUGGCGCACAAGCAGCAGAGUUGGUCGCAGGCAUCGCAACUCGAACUGGUGUUGGAGGACGACCAGUCAGCGGUCUUCAGACCGGAACUCAAAGCAGCACAGUCCGAGGUGAAGGAGGACUGGAAGAUUCAGAAAGGUCCCUUCCGCCCGCCGAGGCAGUCAGCGUGGGGGACAAAUUGGGCACCCACGAACGAGGGGAUCGAAGGAAAAGGCGACGGAGACACCAAGGACUCGCCACCAACCAACCAACCGAAAGGCCAGCUGGAGCUGCCGGCCUUGGAGCGAGCUCUCAGGGACUCACCGGUGGACGACCAGUUUACAGAAAACCUGCGGUACUUGCUCCGGGACAGCAGGCUACACAAGCUAUAUGGAAGUAUCCUUGAAUCCUAUGAGAGCCUUGAGGAUAAACGACGAGUCUAUGAGGACUUCACAUCCUUGAUGGUUGAGUGGAGUAACCACACGCCCGACAUGAUCCUGAAGCUGCUUGAGAAUUUCUACAGACCACUGGCCAGGGAAGGAGGAGUUUAUGGAGACGCAGGUUUUGGCCGAGUGAUGGGUGAUGUUGCUGAGUGGCCCCAAGGUGGCACUGGAAGACAUCAGCGUGCCAGAGAGGGCAAGCUGCUGGGCGUUGUUGGCACCAGUCAAGUGCGUGAGGUUUUCUCCGGUUGGGAAGCUGCUGAUGGGGGAGUCUAUGUUGGCGAUGGUAGUGAGCACUUUCCUACCUCAAUUUUCAGGGAAAACUAUGCGGACAACAUCGCAGUGGAGGAUGCGGCCGCAGUCUUGGAUGGAAGACCGCUGUAUGUUGACCCGGAGGGAUUUUCCACCGCAGCAGAGGUUGUUGAGAAGUUCUCGGUCACCGGAAAGAAGGAUGUCUGGACUUGGGAAUAUUGCCAGGAGUUCAUGGCAAGCCAGCUUCGUGGUGAAGUCUCUGUCUCCCUUGUCGGGGUGGUGCUAAAAAUGGUUUUGAAGCGCUGCCCUGGGCAUCUGGGAAAUAUCUGCCGUAUGAUCCCAGCCUGCGCUAGGAGGCAAUUUAGACAGAGCCCCAUUGAGCUGCUGCCAAUUGCAGUUCCUCCUGACACCCAGGUUGAAAUUCGGUUGCAACGCUUGCUGCUGGAUGGUGAUCAAAUCCGUCACCUGUCGGAUGCAGAGAGGGCAUCGGCAUUUGAGCUUGCCAAGGAAUGUGGCACUGAUGCAUGGCUGGGGUUAAUCCUGGCUGUGCUCAACGCCCUGUUCUGUGGCGGCUCCCGGCCUCUAGGCAAAGUGAUGCCCCAUCCACGCAUUCAUACUCCAGAACAGCAGAAGGUCAUCGACCAAUUCCGUGGGCUCAUCCACCUUUGGAUUGAAGAGGAUCAGCACCGAUUAAGGGUGACAAACUGGGAAGUUCAGUCACAGGAGCUUGGUGACUUUUAUACAGGUUUUGAGGUCACCAAAGCGUACAAGCUCAGUUGGGCAGCCAUUGCUCCGCAUGUUCCUGGACCUGGCGAAGCAGGACGGGUCCCACUUGAGGAAACGGUCGCAGCUGAGCUGAGAGAAUUUGUGGCAGAUCCCGAUUUGCUGAGGAUCCCAGACGACGAGCUGGGAGAGGUAAGGUACUCUGCCCCUGUAUUGGUGGAAUCAAGCUCGGAGUACGACCUCAUUGUAAAACACUUGGUGGAAGCUGGAAUGCUUGAGCGUGAAGUUCCAGCUGAGACAGUGAAGGUCAACGGAGCACCAAUCUACAAUGGCUUGUUUGGAGUCCACAAAGGCUGGAUUGAUGAAGGAGGUGGCAAGUGGCGCCGUUCAUUGCGCCUCAUCGUCAACCUGAUCCCGACCAACUUACUGCAACGGCGCAUGCCCGAGCAAGCUUCAAAGUCAAUGGGUUACGCUCCGAUGUGGGGCUCAAUGGCGCUGCUGGAGGACGAGGUCAUUUUGGCGUAUGGUGAGGAUAUCAAACACUGCUUCCACAUCUUUUCACCUGGCCCUCGUUGGAGGGGAUACUUUGUCAUCUCCAAGGAAGCUAGUGGAAGCAGCUUCAACGACGGUGUCAAGGGGAAGGCACGACCUCGUGUCCGCUCAGCACCAAUGGGUUGGGCCAACAUAGUCGAUUUCGUCCAGUCCUCCCUCGAGAAAAUGGGCAGCUUGGCCGGAAUCCCAGCGACGAAGUGCGUGAAGAUGGGGGAGCCCAGUCCACUUUUGGAACUCAGCACGCCCCGGCAGUAUCAUAGUUUCUAUGUUGAUAACUAUGAUGGUUUCCUUGUCGUAGCCCGAACCGAUCUGGGAGAAUAUCAGGGCCGACCUUCAGACAGCCAGCUAGAACUCAGACGAACUUUUCAAGCAUGGAACAUAGGGCGAGAUGAGAAGAAAGCCGCAGAGGGGACCCUGCAGUGGGUGAGCUUGGGCGCCGAACAGCUGGGAACUGAGGGAUUGGUUGGAAGUUCAAGGAAGUUCCGAAGGUCAGUGAUGUCGUCGUCCCUCAACCUCCUCAUGAAGGCUGGCAUGAAGACAUGUGACCUGGAGUUGCUGUCAAUUGUGGGCAAACACAUGCAUGCCGUACAGUACUGCCGGCCAUUGGCGUGCUGCUUUGAUGAACUGUAUCGCAACCUCAGCCUGGACGAUCCAGAGGUGCUUGUGGACAUCAGUGCUUAUGAGGAGCUCUUGAUGGUGACGGCCUUGCUCCCGAUCCUCUGGACAAGCCAACGCUCAGCUUUGAGCCCCACAGUGUAUGCUACUGAUGCAUCACCGGAGGGUGGGGGAGCAUGUCAGACCACGAACCUUUCAGCAAGGGGCCGCUCGAAGCUCCAUCUUGCUUGCUCUGAAGCCGAUGACAUGGAGGGCGGCGCUUGUGACUCAGUGGUUGUCAUUGAAGUCUUUGGUGGUAUGGGUGGCCUACGAAAGGCCCUUGAACUUCUUGGCAUUUUGCCGCAGGGCAUCAUUCUCAUCGACUCUGACCCUGUCUGCCUGAAACUUGCGAAGCGGCACUGCGCUUUUGUGCUGACGGUGGACAACGUUCACAAGGUGGACAAGGCGAUGAUCAGAUCUUGGCGACUUCAGUUUCCUCGAGCCAAGAAGGUCGUUGUGGGAGGAGGAUGGCCAUGCAUCAAUCAUUCAUCAUUGAACUCCAAUCGGAGAGGGGCAGACGCAGAGUCGUCACGACUACUGGAUGUGAUGCUGGCGCUGGUAGAGGAGUUGAAACAGGUCAGCCGACCUCUGCGAUUGCCAGACUGGGACGUCGUCGAGUUCUAUGAGAACGUGGUGAUGGAUGAGCAAGAUCUUACUGUUCAGUCAGGGAAGAUAGGUUGUCUUCCACUCAUGUGUGAAGCUGCCGACGCCCUCAGAUGCCGACGACCGCGGCUAUAUUGGAUCAAGAACUUGCCAGUUCUUGAGGGACAAGAUUUGCAGCUUCUUCCUGAUCAGCAAGUAGGUGAUCUACAGACCAAGUUGGUAGUGGCCAAGAUCUCUACCGAACGACCACCAUUGGAAUGGUUUCUUCGAAAGAACUGCAGCAAGCUGCAUGAUGAUGGGAGGCCAUUCUUCACCUUUGCAAGGCCUCAUCCUCGGGCAGAACCACCCCGAGAUCCAGCAGGAUAUGACCGCUGUGAUGCCAAGACCCUGGGGCGCUGGCGGGGCGAUUCAUUUCGACUGGCACCUUACCAGUAUUCAGAAGACAACCUGGUGCGCACAGCUCAAGGCCCACGGCGCCUGCUUUCAGAUGAACAGUUGAGGAUGUUGGGUUACAACUCUGAUGCCUUGGACGUCAAGCAGAAACUGUCAGAAGACCAGAGAGGGCAGCUGAUUGGCAAUACCUUCCCCGUGCUGGUGGUAGCACGGCUGCUUGUGGCCUUGUGCGUGUCAUCAGAGCAUGUUCAGGGCCUGGAUCUGACAACUGAGCUUUGGAAGGUUUGGAAAGGAAAUGAGGAUCGUGUUCAGCAACUCAAAGAGUCUUCCUGGACGGUCCGUUUUGGUCCGGGGGCCGCGGGGUCAGCAGGUGGUCUCCGGCACUCCCUCCGGGUGUCUGGAAGCCAUUUGCAUUCCCCUAGGUCCCUGUUAGACCCCAAUGCUGCUUUGAGUGAUGAGCAGCUUCUCACAUAUCUCAUCACUCGAAAUGUUUCACACAGAGGUACCGAUGUCAAACUGGACCAUGGAAUUCCGUUCUCUGCCAGCGACUUCUGCCGACGAUCUGUGGAUCCCACGUUGUGGGAAUGGAAAGUCGUGCUGUCUUACAAAUGGAAACAGCCCAAUGCCCACAUCACUCAUCUGGAAACAGUUGCAGUGUUGGAUCUGAUGCGGAAGCUGAGCAGAACGUCGACCAACUUCAACAAGAAGUCGCUGUUUCUGGUCGACAACGCUUCCGUUGUGGGUAUUCUGACAAAGGGACGCACCAGUGCAAACAGCCUACGACAACCUCUCCGACGCCUAGCUGCCAUUUUGGUGGCCACCUCCGCACGCCUCAUAGUGGCCUGGGUCAAAUCGGAAUGGAAUCCAGCAGAUGGCCCAUCGAGAUGGGUCACUAGACGGGCUUUGCGCGAUGCCUAG